AGGUAUCAACACGACGGCAUGUACUGACCAAACUGGACUGGACAAUUUUAACCAUGUUAAAAGAAUGUGCGAAAGCGGUAUAUUGAAAAACACACGUGUUGUGAUAGACACUUGGGGUACUGGAGGUCCGGGUACAUACAGCUGUACCUGUACCGUUACCUUGGAUACAGAAUCAACGCCACCUACAGCUACAACAACAGUAGUAGUGGAGGAAUAUCCGCGUGUAGCACCAAUACAGAACUGUGGAAGUAUACUUUUGAUAUCUUCUACUAAAUCAAGUAGUUUCACUAAAUCUGGUUGCACCCUAAUCCCUUCCACUUCGACAAACAAUUUCAGCACAUCAGACAAAUUGACACUGACGCUAUCACGGGCUGACGUCAGUACAUCGUGGAUAUCAGGACACUGUAUAUUAAUUUCUUCACAAGGAAGUACAAUUUUAGACAUCAUCGUUACCUGUAACGGACCACAGGGGAAAGUCAACAGCUCCUCAACUAAAACUUCAACAACAUCGACAACAACGACACCGACGACAACAACAACGACAUUGACGACCACCACAACAACAACAACAACAACACCGACGACAACAACAGAUCGGACAACAUCAACAACAGCAGAACCUUUAACAUCGACACACGUUAGCCAGACAACAUUCACUCCGACCCCUACUUAUCCCCCAUCGGUCAGUUCCACAGGAGGCGAUACAUCGACGACAGGGGAACAGACAGGGAGUGACGGUAAGUAUACUACCAUUGGUCGUUCAUAUCACAUGCUGCUUAAAAUUACGUAUGGUUGUUAUAUCGGGUUUCUACAAACUAUUACCACAGGCCGCCCAAUUGGAACUGUUCUAUAUUUUACAUUUUUUCAAUAUAUAAAUUUGAACAAGACCAUUUUAUCACGUUACAGAGUGAUGCAAAUGUUUGUGAAAACCAUAUAUAUAUAUUAGUCGUAUUAGACCAUUGACAAAUUGUCUUCACGGACGCUGACUUGCCGUCACAAAUUUACGACGCCUUCACUAUAGGUUUAAAUUUCACAACAUAUGAUAUAACAUGAGAGGAGAUUAAUAAGCAAAAUACGACAUCUACUGCAUAACAAAGCAAUCAAGAAUAUCUAUAUCAUAAAAUAACAUGGGAAUAUACACAUUAUGCAAAUCAGUCUAACCAUGCCGUUUAGCAUGUGAGAAAUCUAUUUGACGAAACCGUAAGAAAGGAUUCUUUCAAAAUUCAUAGCUGUUCAAUAUGAGCCUCAAUAUACAUUGUCUGUAAAAUUUCGUACUCUUAGCGUUAGUUAACAACUGAACGAGAUUUGUCAUUGAAAAUAUCGUUGAAUACUUAUCACAGAGUCCCAUUUCACGUGCUACUAAAGUUAAAUUGUAUAGGUUAAACGCACGGUAACUUUACUCAACAAAAAGUUAUUAAAACUUAAUCAGCACUAGCUACUCUUUUUUUAAUUUUAUUUAUUUUUAUUAUUUUUUCAUUUUUUUUUUUCAAGACAAGAUAAAACAUAUAUGACAUUGUUCCUAAGUACAUGAUUGUCCAUACGUAUUAAACAAAGAUCAUCAUCAUCAUCAGACAUCAUCAUCGUCAUCAUAUAA